AUGGUUGAAGCAAUAGAAAUGGUAUCUGCUGUUGUGAUUGGCGGUGGUGGUAUUCUCGGCUAUGUUAUGGCCGGUAGCAUUGCAUCGUUGGUUUCUGGUUUGGGAUUUGCUGCCGCAGUUGUAAUCAACAACAAUAUCCUUCUGACGUGUAUGUCUUUCGCACUUCUUCCUUUCUUUUUUUCAUGUUGUAGUGCUGAGCGUAAAGAAGUGAAUACUGGAAGUAUUGUUCUUUUUUGUAACAUUAUUACGAUGCCUGAGACGUAUGAUGAACUAACAGAAACAUUACUGAUUCAAGGAACGGCGACAUAUUCUGAAUGUUGA